UCCAAGUUUUCAAUGUAAAACUAGGCACUAAUUUUUUUAGAAAAUCUGAAUUUUUGUUGAACUAAAUUGAUUUUGUAUUAUUUUGUAAUAAUCAUCUUUUUAUAACAAACUUCUGACGAAAAAUGCAAAAAUUCAAAAAUCGAAAGCAAAACUCUAAUCAUCACAAUUUGACCAAAAGAAAAGAAAUAAGUGUACCAAAUUUAACACCUAUGCAAUAUUUUGAAGGUCCCGAUUUUGUUUGUUGUUCUGAGGUUUUGAUAAAACCAAAAUCAAAGCUUUGUGAAGGCUUACCAGGGCCUCCUCAAGUGCAAGAGAUUCGCUGUUUAAAUAAAAAUAGACCGUGUUCAGUAGCUUCUCAGUGGGCACCGGAAACUAAUGAACGUGAUAUACUAUUUCGACCCAUCAGAUGGCGUUGUAACACUCGAAAGAAACGAAAUAAAAAAAGUCCAGAACCUUCUCUAGGUGCUCCAAUCGGACUUUCAAAAUCUUCCUUCGGUAUGAAAUAUCUGGAGAGUAAGCCUUAUGAUCGUACUCUUCAAGGAUUUGCUACGAACCUUGUGGCAUUUGCUGAAUAUUUUAUUACACCUGAGAUUGAAUGGGAUGAGAAAGUUCUCAAUCGCAUUCUGCUUGAAGGUCAAAAUCUCUUUGGUGAGUCCAAAGCCAGAAUGCAUGAUGGACAGAAACUCAAAGAAGCAUCGAUCAGGAGAACUUUCACCCUGUGUGGAAAUGCUUUCGAUUUAUUCGUAAACGAACCAUUUAUGAUAGGUCAAGUAAUCGGUCAGGAAGCUGCAGUCCCAAAUCUCCAUUGGGGCCUAUUGAAAUUUUUCAAAAAGUUUCAAUUCUGCCUCCUGCAAAUCGACAAAUGGUACACGAUGUUAUGGAAGAACGCAGAUGUCUUCUUUGUGUUCGAUUGCUUUGGUAGGAGGUAUCUGGAUCUACAUAGUGAUCGGAAUCAUGGAGUUGCUAUGUUGAUCUGCUUGCGUCACAUCGAAAAUGUCAGCCACUUGAUAUUGAAUUUGAGCGGGGUAAAUCCUGAGGAUUUCUUCAUUAUAAGAAACAUUCAGGUAAAAUCAUUGAUUCCCUGCGGUGGUCAGCCAACACCUGACGUUGUAGACAGAUCAGUCGAAUUUGAGAUAAAAAGCCCCAACUAUGCCAUUUUGAGGGCUACAACUCAUUUGGGAUCACUUUGCUUCAAGGAAAUUCGACGGCGCCAUUCACUUCCGGUAGCAUUUUCUGCACUGAUCAAUGCCAAAGUCGACCCAACUCCAACUUGGAACAAAGCGGUCUUGGAUAAGAUAAUAAAACUUGGAGCACAUUUGUACAAACAAUGGACGCAUUGUGACAUCAGUAUAGAUCUGGGAAUUCAAGAUGUUCCCAAUAGAUUUGUUUUUGGACAGUUUAUGGUUGAAAUAGCUGUCAAUGCUAUGCCUGAGUGUGGAAUUUGGAGAUGUAGCCCCAACUAUCAAAACAGUGAACUCAGCCAAGCUUUGAAGAGGUCAUUUGAAGAGGCUUUAAAUCAGAUAGUUCAGAUUCAGGGUAGAACGUAUGCUAUCUGGAAGAAAGGUACGUUCUAUUACGUACUGGACCCAUACUCGCAUCAGUGUUCGCUGGAAAAGAAGAAAUUACGAACUGCUUCGUUGCACAUGUGUGGAUCUUUUGACAAAAUGUGCUGCAUCUUCACCCAAGCUCUUCUGGAAUUAUUCGAAGAAUCGAAAUUUAUUAUUUAUAAUGUUAAGAUUCUUGGUCUUGAAGAGGUGACUAAACUCAAGGAGAAUCAAUAUAGAUCACAAAUCCCUUGUAUGUGUACAUCAACACAACAGUCAGAUGGCACUGAGGAAGUAAAAUCUCUAAAUGAAUCGGUGCUGGGCUUAGACGAAUAUGUUUGUCAGGCUGAAGACUCGCCAAUAGAGUCUGACUCAGCUGAUCUUGAUUCGCCAGGACUAUCACAAACCCGCCUGGAAGACUACUCGGAUUUGAGAAGAGAUUUCAUUGAAGAAUCCGACGAAGAAACCGAGGAUGAAGAUGAAGACUUUGAUCUAUUUUCAGGCAGUGACAGAGGACUUUUUGAAGAGUCCGAUGACACCGAUGAUGAAGAUGCAUCUUCUCGUAGAAAUAAAGCUAAAGAAAAAAAAACAAGCAAGAAAACUAAAAAGCCAUCGGAUGGGAAAAAAUCCGAUAAGAAAAGCGCAAAAGAAAAAUCCGGCAGUGAAUUAUCGGAUGAAGGAAUAAAGACAAAAAAAAAGAAGAAAGAUAAAGAGGAUAAGAAAAAUAAAAAAGAAAAGAAAAAUAAAGAAGACAAGAAAAAUAAGGACGAUGAUAAGAACACUUCAUUGAAAACUGAAGAAAAGGCUGAGAAACCGGAAGAAAAAAAGACAGCUGAUAAAAAAGAAGUCCAAAAGGAGACAGACAAAAACACAAAAAAUGACGAUAAGAAACCGAAGAAAAGAGAAAAACCUGAAGAAGACAAAAAUGAAACUAAAUCUAAUAAGAGAAAACCUUUGGAAGAAAAAGAAAGAAGCCAUGAAAUUGCACCUGAGACACCAAGGGAAAAACCUGUAGAACAAGACAGUCCUGUGGAUGAGAAGAAAUCAAAAACAGAAGAAACUCCUAGCAAUAGAAAUUCAACUGAAAUAUCAAAAUCGAGCAAUGCCCCCGCAAGACGACAGCGAAACCGCCAACGUCGCAAACAACAAGAUGGCGAUGACUCCUCAUCAGCAGAUGAAAAUCGCCGAGGUCGUCUACCGAUCGGAUGCAUACCAAAUUGUUAUCCAGGUUUUACUGAAGAUCCACAAAAUCUAGCUGUAAUUGGAUCAGAAAGUGGUAGCUAUGAGAGCUUAUGCAAUCUGUUCAAGUCCGCAUUCCGUUGUGCAGAUCGUAUUUUAACAAUGACUCCAUGGGGAAAUUAUGUGGCUUUCCGGUCGAAUGGGACAUUUUUCAUAUUCGAUGGGUGUACUUGUAACUUACGUUCAAUUCGACACAUGGAUUUGAGUUGUGGAACAGCUGGGCUUCUUUGUUUCCCUGAUUUGCAUUCAUUGAUUAAGUAUAUUAAGAGUGGAAAGGGUGUACGGAAACCAACGACAUUUUCAAAGAGAGAUAUUGUCGAUCAAAUUUGUAGCAAGUAUUGUAGUCGUUGAAAAUGAAGUUUUUACUGAUUUCUUGUUUCUUAAUUAUGUUUUUUAAAAUAAAUGUCAAAA